AUGGAAUCCAAGGCUGCUAUCGAGGCCAGAAAGAAGGACGCGACGCGAGAGCUCGUGUAUGCAGAAGAUCGUGGCAACGCGCAGUCAAUCUACGCAUACGAUAUCCAAGAUCCAGCUAAUCAGCCGCGCAUCUUAACAAAACCCAAAUGGUUCCGUGAUAUGUCUCCGGACGAGUUGAACGAAAUGGACGACCAGGCUUUCAAGGAGUGGGUAGAAUACCUCGAACAGGAGGGAAUGGAUCGCGAGGACGGUGCACAACUCAAUCUGUACGAGAGGAACGUGGAAGUCUGGCGGCAGCUGUGGCGCGUAAUCGAGCGCUCAUCUGUGCUCGUGCAUCUCGCCGACGCUCGCUGUCCAUUACUGCACAUCAGCGACCAAUUAAUGACGCACAUUCGUACGCAAUUCCCGUGGAAGCGCGUGGUGCUAGUGCUCACAAAGACCGAUUUGGUGGAGAAAGACCGCGUCCAGAAGUGGUCGAGCUAUCUGCAGACACGCUAUGGACACGAUAUUCCUGUUCUAGCCUACAGUCGCGACGAAGUGGACGAGAGCAACACAACCCUGAUGCGAACAAUUGGUCAAGUUAGCACUGGUAUGGAUCACCACAAUCUGGAUGAUGACUCGAUGACAGAAACCAAACACAAGGACACGCUUACGAUCGGAUUUGUCGGAGAGCCGAAUGUUGGCAAGAGCUCGCUGCUCAACAGCCUCUUUGAUCGCAAGCUCGUGAGCGUCUCAGCCACUCCCGGUCGCACGAAGCACUUGCAAACACACUACUUUGAGCGCGUGGAAAUGUUGGAGCGCAGCGACGGCGUAUUCUCACGAGUGCUCGUGUGCGACUGUCCGGGCGUCGUGUUCCCGCGCUUCAACGUGCCGGUGCUGCUACAGAUCUUAUUCGGUAGCUUUCCAAUCGCUCAGACGCGCGAGCCAUUUAGCGCCGUGCGGUUCAUUGCCGAAAACUGCGUGCCGCAUCUGCAUGAGGUGUAUAAGCUGAAGCCUAUGGAGGAAGACGAUGACGAGUGGUGCCCCUACACACUGUGCGAGUCCUACGCGCAGCUUCGCGGCUUUCGAGUUAAAGGUGGUAAGCUGGACGUGCACCGCGCCGCCAAUACACUGCUGCGAGACACGCUUAACGGCAAGAAGGUGGUGUUGUCCUUCCCCCCACCAGCAGCUACGUAG